UGUCAGCUGAUCUGAACAGGAAGAGAUCCAAGUUCAGGUGAGCGGUGGCAGUCAUAGCGUUGUUAUUUCUGAAGAAGUAUUAUAGUUCUCACUCCAAGACACAUCAUACUAUCUGAGAAAAAAACUAUUCUGCUACUCUAUAGCAAAUCAAUUCAUAAUGUUUGCCGCUGACGACGAGGAUGGAGAUUUUCUGUCACCUACUGGAGGAGCAAAGCUGGCAUCACUUUUUGGACUGGACCAAGCAGCAAGUCAGGGGAAUGAAUCAUUUCAAUAUACAGCCCCUAAACAGCCCAGGAAGACCUCGAAUCCAGGUCCUCCUGCCCAGAAACCCGCUGCCCCUCCUGGUGCUCCUGCAGUAUUAUUGGCCACAGCUAUCCAUGCUUUCAAAUAUCUUAACGGACAGUAUCAGGAACAAGGAAAGCUGGGAGCUGCAGUCUUGGGUAACCAAACAACAAAAGAGUACAAACUCUUGCUUUACAUCAGUCAGCAGAAACAAGUGACUGCGGCCAAGAUUCAUGUUGGCUUCAUCUUUACGGUUCAGCCCAGCAACUACUGCACAUUUUAUGAUGACCAGCGCCAGAACUGGUCCCUUAUGUUUGACACAGAGAAAGCUGCUGCAGACUUUUGUAAAGAGGUGUGUUUGGCAAAAGUGAACAGCGCCCCGUCCUUGGAUAUGGUGGUGGUGCAGGACCUGACACUAGGGGAGGGGCAGGGAGUUGAGAAUGGAGAUUUCCUGGAGGUGACAUACACAGGCUGGCUCAUGCAGAACCAUGCCAUCGGACAGGUGUUUGACUCCAACCUGAACAAAGACAAGCUGCUACGACUGAAACUUGGCGCUGGAAAAGUGAUUAAGGGCUGGGAGGAGGGCAUGCUGGGUAUGAGGAAGUCAGGCCGGCGUCUCAUGGUGAUCCCCCCCAGUCUGGGCUAUGGCUCCCAGGGAGUGGCCAGUCGCAUCCCAGCAGACAGCACACUCAUCUUUGAGGCAGAGAUACGACGGGUGAAGUUGGCGAAGGACAGUGGGUCUGACCGGGCCAGUGCUGGGUCUCGGGACUCUGCUGCCCCCUCACCUGCCCCCAGUGUGGAGAACCUGGGUCCGGACCUCCCGACAGGGCCCGCUCAGCCCCCUGCUACAAGCCCCGGGAGACCAGGGGAACCACCACUUUGGGCAAAGUCGAAUUCCAUCAGUGAACAGUUGACAAAUCCAGAUGCCACCAAAGCCAAGCUGAUCUCUCGCAUGGCCAAGAUGGGCCAGCCCAUGUUGCCCUUCAUGGCAGGCCCCUCCUCUCAGCCAGACUCCAGCGACUCAGAGAUGGAGGACCCCAGUGUGUCCAGGGUGAAGGAGCGUCCUGCUGCUCCCUCUCCUGUACAGAUCUCCACUGUCCCCCAAGCUCCAGUGCAAGUGCUUUCUCACCCUCACGGGGCACCGCCCUCUGCCUUGAUGCCUGUUGCUAUGACAUCUGCCGCUCCGCAGCCUGUGAUGUCAGGCUCCGCCCAUGCCUUUCUGCCUUACGCCUACCCACAGUCCUCUAUGUCUCCCUCUCAACUUCAACUAAUGGGCCAGAUGUACCCCACCCAGACAGUACCAUACAUGGGAGGCACUGGUGAGGUCACUUCCUUCCUUAUGGCUGAAGCUCGGCAGCACAACACUGAGAUCCGAUUGGCUGUCGGCAAAGUGGCAGAUAAAGUGGACCAGUUGGCUUCAAAGGUUGACGACCUUCAGAGGCAAGGAGGCCACUCAUUGGCUAUGCCCAGCAUCACUAUGGAAACCGCCAUGAUAAUGCACAACAUCCAAAGAAUCAUUCAGGAAAAUGAAUCUUUAAAGAAGGACGUGUACGAGAAGAGCUCACGUAUAGAGGAGCAGAACCGCAAGAUCGGGGAGCUCAUCAACCAGAACCAGAGGUACAUGGAGCAGAGUAACCUGCUGAUGGAGCAGAGGAAUGUCUCCCUAAAGUCCUCCAGUGAACACAACCAGGCCCGGGUGCUGCAGACCGAGCAGGAUAAGCAUGCUCUGCCUCAGGACCUGGGCUUGGACCAGGUACGUCUGACAGAGGAGCUGGCCACGUGCACAGCACGGGUGUCCCAGCUGCAGCAGGAGGCCACCUCUCACCAGCAGAGGGCUGCAGAGCUGCAGAGCAAACUGACCUCCGUCCUGCAGGACAGCGACACACACUGCACACGCAUCUCCUCCUUAGAGACCCAACUGGAAGAGCUGAAGGAGACAGCAGAGAGAGGCCAGGCUCAGUACCGCACAGAGAAGCAGAAAUGCAAAGAAAUGGAUCUCAGGGUGAACAACAUGGAGGAGGAGCUGCAGGACCUGAAGACUGACAAAGAAAGUAUGGAACGAAUGGUGUCGGACAGGAAGAGGAAGUGGCAGGCGGAGAGGCAGCGCUGUGAUGAGGAGAUGGAGGAGCUGAGGAGGAACAGCCAGCAGGAUAUGGAAAGUCUGAGGACACAGCUCCGCAAGGCCAGGACCAGCACUAGCCAGGCAGCCUCAGAACAGUUAGCCCAACUGCAAGCGGAGCUGGAAGAGGAGUGGAAGGAGAAGUGUGAGCAGGCGUUGGCCUCGGCCAAGGAGCAGCAAUGGCGUGAGAUGGCCGACCUGGCAGAGCAAAGAAACACACUGGAGCAGAGACUGACCCAGCUACAGGAAAAGUUCUCAGCUCUGAAGCAGUCCAGGGACUCAGAGGAGCAGUGCUUGCUACAGCAGCAGGGCCAGAGCGAGGAGCUGCAGGUCCUACAAGAAAAGUAUUCAAGCCUGGAGGAGCAGUGGUCAGCUGUGAGACAGAAGCUGGAGGGGCGAGUGGCUGAGCUGGAAAGGAGGCUGGCAGAGCAAGGGGACCAAGCGGACAGUACAGGACAGGACACUGCUGGAGAGGUGAAGCGUGUAAUGAAUGGAGUGUUUCACUCUCUGAGGGGGGAGUUUGACCUACACGAGACUUACACAGGCAGCACUGUGCUCGGAGUAAUCGUCAACACCAUAAAGAGUGUUACCUUGCAACUGCUCAACGGUACUGAGAGACCUUCAUCCCAUCUGAGGGAAGAAGAAGAAGAAGAAGAGGUGGACAGUGAUGUGAGGCAUAGAGAGGAGAGACCACCACAGGAUGUCCAUGUGAAUGGGAAGGAAGGAGAGGAGGAGCAGAGGACAGAGCCUGAGCAGCCUAGUGAGUCCCCUGUGCAGAGGGAGGGAGACCCCAGAGAUGUGCAGGAGAGGGCUCACCUUGAAGCAGAACCAGAGACGAAGAAACCGACUCGAGUGGAGCCAGAGGCAGAUAUCGACACAGAUCCAGAGCACCAACCACUCUCAACCCAGCCACGACCACCAUCUCCCCAGCCACAGGGAGAGAUCACCACAGAGCCUUCGGAACCCACUGACAUAAACCCUGAGGAGAAUCUGCCCUCUGAGAUGGGACAGAAAACUCAGUCCAAAGGUGACAUAAGUAGCCCAGACGUGAAGAAAGUGGGUGUGACUAUUGAGGGUCCCCUGGGUGAAAUGGAAAUAACUAGUUCCAAAGCCACAGGUCCUCCAACACAGCCUCCAUCUCCACCAAGCCCUCUGCAUGAUAGUCCUGGGAAAGUAACAAGUCUGACUGAGGGAGUAGGAGAGGAAAAUGGGAAGGAGCCAUUUUUCCUGAGCACAGCCCAAACCAAACCCCUACCCACUGAGGAGGAGGAUGAUGAGCUGAGCUUGAAGGGGCAACCUCCCCCAGCCCCUCUGUUUGGCGAUGAAGAGGAUGAAGAUGAUGAUCUUGACUGGCUGGGAUGAGCAACAACUGAAGUGAUGAAAGUCUUAUGAGUCUUAAAGUCCAGAUGGAGGGACAGGCCCUCCUCUAGAGAUAUAUCAUUUCCACUGUCCUAAAAGAGACUAUACAUGGAAGGACAUGUGGUGAACUCCGUCUCAGUCUGAGAUAAGGCAACUCUGAACAAGUGAGUGAGAAGGACGUCCUGUCUGACUGCUCUGAACACUGCGGUUAGAGACCUGUGCCGUGUUGAGAUCUGUUGGGCGGACCUGACUGCUGCUGCUGCCUGGAAACCACCUUUAAUCAAUUAAGUCUGAUGAAAUCCACCAGAAAUAUUAAUCCCCCC